AUGGACACCCUGCCGCCGGGCCCGUGGCGACGGCGGAGGCCGGAGGAGCUGCCGGUUCCGGGGGACGCGAGAUGCGGGGCCCGGAGGAGCGGGGCCUCCGGAGCCCGGCGGACCCCGCGGACUCGGGGUGCGGGUCGGGUGGCGCCCCGCGGUCUGCGCGCCGCUGCUCCCGAGGCGGGCCUCCGCGUGCGGGCGCUGGGCUGGGUGUGGUGGGGCUGCCGGGCGAGCAGACACACCCGAUUGAGCACUUUGACCGAGGGAGCAGGGUCAGAAGCGGUUGUGCAGGAGAUUGGAAGCGGCCGGGCCGGCGCUGGGCUGCCCCCCGGUGACGGUGAGCACCCCCAUGUCCUGGAGCGGCGAGGGGCCGCCAGACGGCGGCCAGUGGCGGCCACGCGCGGGGACGCCUCAGAACGGUGGAAGGAGCCCGGCCCAGCCCUGCCCGAGGUGUGCUGCGGGAGACUCUGUGGGUUCCUGAACCAGCCACGGCCGGCCUGGGAUACAGAUCCGUCGUGUUUGCCUGGAGAAACACGGCCCCGUUGUGAACGUGCGCCCGGGCACACGCGUGUGCCCCGCCUGCACCGCUGUUCCCACAGUGGACCCGGGGUGGUGACCUUGGAUCAGAGAGAAGCAGGGGUGCACCGGGGAGUCUGCGGGGCCCCAACAGGAAACUGGCGUGUGACCGACGGCUGCAGUGAGAGCCGCCCCUGUCCUUGUGGGACGGGGCCUUCCGCCCUCCCCCAGGCCCCGUCCGGUGCCCGCGGCCGCCAUCGCCGACGACCUCCUCCGUGGGCGGUUGCACGGCCUGGCCACGGCGCUUCCUGGCUCCCAUCAGCUCAGCCCGCUGGGCACAGGGUCCACGGUGGCCGAGUGGGACGUGGAGGGCGCACUGUCCUUUGCAAAUUCUAACCUGUUCAACGAAACCUAACGGGGCCGCAAAAGGUCUGUAAAGCAAUCAAAUGAAGGUACGUGGGGUGGGGGUGGGGGCGUCAUCAGGCAAAAAACGGAAGGGAGAACAGAUUUCCCUUGCAGUUGGGGUGGAGGUGCUGUGUCCCGGCCCCAGUUUUCCGAGUGGCGUCUGGUCUCUGUCACUCUAGCGCCCCGGCUCACCAGCAGGACACUUCAGGGUUCACUGGGUGUGCGUGGCGCUCAGCUGCCUGAUUGUUCUCAGCUUGGCUCCCCACCUCUGCUCUGCUCCGUGUCGUGGAGCCUGCGUUUCCAGACUCCUCGGCUUCUGGUUUCUGACCCUGGACAUGGGUGUGGGAGAGGGUGGGGUACAAGCCAGGGCACCUCUGUCCCCCCACCCCCAAGGCAGCCUCUCAGCCCUUCGCUCUGGGAUGCCAGCUCCCAAGGCGGGCACGGGCUCCUGGGCUCCGUGCUCGUGCCGCUGCUCCCGGGCCCCUCGCCUGGGCCGCUGGGCUGUCUGCAUGGGGGGGCGGGGGGUUGCUUGCCUUGCCUUCCCCGCGGGGCUUUUCCGCUCUUCUGUGGGCGGUUGAAGCCACAUUAAAUUCCCAGUGUGAAAUACCUGCGUUCGUUUCUGAACUGGCCCCACCCGGGCUAACUGCCUAAGGAGCAGACCAGCCCUCUUGGAGGAAAAAACGAUUGCAGUUUUAAAAGUGGGCCUCUGGGUCUUUGCUGCCCACCCCCAGGUUCAGGGCGUGCUUCAUCGAGCGCGGGUAGAGUCUGCCCCCGCUCUGGCUCACCGGGGCCACGGGAUGAGCCCGGGCAUUAAACUGAAAGAGUCGGGCCUGUCACUGGUGGCGUUUGUUCUGUUCUCUGGGGUGAACUGGGUUUUAACACUUAAACUGGUAGCAUAUUGCUACAUAGAAGCCGAUGUGCAAAACGGGAUGUUUUGGUUUUAAGGAUCCCCCCGCACAAGUCGAUUUCAGAUAACAGCCCUGUUGGUUAGUGCUGAGAGCAGGUACUGGGGAAGUAGACCUAAUAAGCCUCUGCUGGUCCUACGCUGACACGGUGACUGAUAGUGUGACAGUGGGGGGGAGUAGGGGGCAGGCGGGGCGGAGCAGAAAUAGAGUGCAGCGCCUGGGGCGUGUGGUCCAGCCUGUGGUCUGUGGUCUGGCUUCCGGCAGGAGCAGCCCAGUGUGAUUAUUCUGAUUCUGAAUGGAUAUGCUUGUUUUCUUUGUACUUUUUAUCUCCAAAGGGGCGACCUUUAGAAUAUUUGUUUUAUUUUAUUUACCUGUCUGCCCUAUUGGUGAGUGCCUCAUCCAUCCGUAACAUCUCUAAAUAGUGCGCGGAAACAGGAAUGGGCCCAGGGCCUGGGGUGCAGAGGGCCUCCCUUCUCCUGGGCCUGUGUUGCGGCGGGAGGAUGGCUGUGGCCACGCUUGGCGGUCCAGGCACCCAGCCGGGGACAAGGCCGAGAUGAAACUGUAACGUUCUGACACCGAGGAAGGAAGAUCGACGAGCAGCCGUUUGCUCUUUGUGUCCCGUCUCAGCACCAGCCAGCUCUGGUCAGUCCUGUAUUCUUAUAUCCCGAGAGGAGAAAACACAAUCAGGGACAUCUUAACCACACGGAGAACUAUUAGAAGGUGCAAGCGAGAAGGUUCCGGUCUGGGGCUGAGCCGUCCGCGUGCCAGCGAGCGUCGUGUCCUGACGGACGUGGGCGCCCCCUGUUCACACUGCUGCCCGGUGUCCUCUCGUUGCGGUGACCCCGUGCCCGCCGCGCCAGAGCCAGGAGGACCCCGUGCCCCCCGAGGAGCCUUCCCACUGCCGUUACCUGCCGCCGCCUCCUUUCACACGUGUCCUUUGCAUCAUUUCAAAGUUAAAAAAAAAUUGGGUGCCGGAUUCCCUGUGAGGCCCGAGAGCCCCUGGCGUCGGGAGCCUCGCCCGGGCUCCGCCGACACACUUCCAGUGUGGCCGUGUCCGGGGCUGCUCGUGCUCCUUUUUUAGCUGAAAGACUUAUUUUUAUAUUUAAAAUGCUUUAUUAUCUUAAACUGAAUUUUAUUAAAUGCUGGUAUCCAAUCUGUUCCGUGUAAUUCCCCAACCAAAGUUAGCCGGCACAGGGCCUCUUUUAUAUUAAAGUGGAAUUUUCUCAUUUC